UUAUUAUUUUAUGUUGAACCCUAAACAUAAACAACAUUUUGUCUCAGAUUUCACGGAUCCACUUUCUCGAAUCAUUUUUGCUCGGUCAGUGAUGGGUGGUGUAGCUAUGGAGGAGAUGCCAUUAUCGGCGUUGUUCGAGGAAGCAAGGAAGAUUCAUCUCGCGGCUUCAGAAUCCCGCGCCGAUCAGGAUGUUGUGAGGAAAGGAUGUGCGAUGUUACAGAAAUGCGAAGACAUGGUUGGGAAGCUGGGGCUCUUCUCUUCUAACGAGACUAAAGAAGAUAUCAGCACCAACAAUCUCAAGUAUCUUUUGGUACCUUUCUAUCUUGCGGAGUUGACGGAGAAAAUCAAACAGGAGGACCGGAUUCCGAUUGUCAAGGCUUCGUAUGCUAAGUUGAAGGAGUUCUUUUCGUUCUGUGAGGCAAUGGAACUUGUUCCGGAAGAGGAGUUGGAGGCUUCUUCACGAGGAGGUUCUGCUCCACCUGCUGAUAGGAGAGCUCUCAAGAUAACUCGGUUCAAACGUCAGAAGACUGCAGAGGCGAAGCUCCUUGAGAUUAAAGAGAGGAAGGAGCGACGCGGACGUUCAAAAAGGGCUGCUGCCUUGUCAACUCCGGUUGAAUCUGGAGAAGAAGACAUCCCAGAUGAUGACAGCGAAGAAGAAAGAGAUGCGUGGCUCGCCACAAUUAACUUGGCUAUUUGCAAGGCUAUUGAUCUGUUGGAAAUGCUAAAGAGAGAAGAGGAAAUGCUCUCUGCAAUCAAGGAAAAACAGUUGAAGGAUGGAGAGGAUGUGUUUUCUCGGGAUGCACUUGAUGAUCGCACAAAGAAGGCUGAAACUUGGCACAGAGAUGCUGCUGCGAGGGUACAGUACUCUAGACCGGCACAACCAAUCACUUGUGCUACAUUUGCACAAGAUGUGUUGGAAGGGAGAGCUUCAGUAUCACAGGGUCACGAGCACAAGCACCAACCUCUUAUAUUCGGUCCAGCAAGCAUUGUGAAUGGAUCUCUUUCUACGGAGAGAGAGAGGAUGAUAGCUCAAGUUUUCCAACCAAGUCACAGGAUGCCGACGAUGAGCAUAGAGGAUGCUGGGUUAACAGAGAUGAAUAUAAUGAAUGAUUGGCAAGAACAGACCAAAAAAGCCAUUGAAGAAGCAACCACCUCAUGGCACAAUGAUAGGCCUCUGAGAAGAAAGGAAGAGGAUGAAGAAGAUGACGACGAAGAUGAAGAAGCUGUGAUGAAAGCUAGAGCUUUCGAUGAUUGGAAGGACGAUAAUCCUCGUGGUGCAGGUAACAAGAAGCUCACUCCUUGUGGCUGAACAUGAGAUUGAGAAGAUAAAACACUCUCUCUCCUCCUUUCGCUACUUAUUUCCGAAUCCUCUUCUUUCAAUUAUGUCUUUUGUAAUGUAAUCAUCUUUCUACUGUAAACCAUAGACUGAGUUAAGUACUGGAGUUAUCUUUCUUUUGGAAUUAUUUUUUUUCUCUUUUAAAUCCGCCGACCAUAGAAGCAGUGUAACGUGCGACUGGAUCUGAAACCAUCUUUCUUUGUCAUC